CCGCGACGCCAGGCGAGGCCAUCCUGCCCGCGGCGCCCACCCGCCCCCGCAGCCGCAGCGGCCGAGGCGCCGACCUGCCGGCGAGGUUGCUGCCGGAGCGCGGCGUGCACUUGGUGGAGGACGACUACGCGUGGGAUGCGACCGGCGAGGAUCAUCCCCGUUGCCGGCCCCCGGGGGAGGCGGGCGCCUUCCUGACCGAGGUCGAGCAAGAUCGCGAGGAACCGAUUGAGGAGGACGAGGCCAUCCAGGCGCUGGCGACCUGGAAGGAGACCAGGGUGGCAAUCGCGGAGGAGCGCAAGAGGCGCGGCCUGCCACCCCCGUCGGCGCCAGACUUGAAGAAGUUCUCGGCUCGGGUGCGCUGCUGCGCGCGCAAGCAGGCGUGCCAUUUCAGUAAGGAAUGUCCGAAGCGAUCACGGCAAGGAGGCAAAAGUGGCGGCGAGACCCGAUUCGCGAGCUCGCUUGACCAGAAGAUCGGCGCAGGCUUCGUGGAGAGCGUCUUCGCCGAGGAAAGGGAGGCCGACCCGUGGAGUGAGAUCGAGGAGAUCUUGGCAGCGUGGGGCGAUCGGAACCUCCGUGAGCAGCUGACGAAGGACCACUUCCGGCGUCUGCGCAGCGACGUGAACGAGGUCGACGACGACGAGGACGAGGCGGAGACGUCCAUGGUGCACCCGCUGGGCGCUGGGGCGAUCGACCCGGGCUGUACGCGGGCCCUGAUAGGCCUGGAGACGCUGCAGGAGCUGGUCGAAUCAUCCGGAGAAGACAUCGAGAUCGUGGAGGACCACAAGGUUGUCGCGUUCACAGGGUUCAGCGGCGACGAGCAGCACCCCAUCGGCAUCUGCAGGAUCGCGUGGGAACUCGGCCACCACAUCGAGAUGGUAGAAGUGCACGCGGUUCCGGGCAAGGCGGGCUUCUUCCUGAGCAAGCCCUUCUUGAAGAUGCUGGGAUGCACUCUGGACAUGGAGGAAGAUGAGCUGGCAUUCAAAAUGUCGGGCAUCCGCGUGCGGCCCCAGACGACCCGCUGCGGCCACUACGAGGUGUUGCUCGACAGCGAGGUGUGCGCGGCGGAUUCGGCCAGCCAGCGGAAGCCCGUCAUCGUGGAGGUGUCUUCGCCCCCGAGGCUGAUCAAGUGGGCCGAGGAGUUUGGGUUUGAGGACGGCGGAGCUUAUGAUCUGCAGACCGGCUGGGAUGCUCGCCAGCGCGGGGACGUCGCCCGGCUGUUCUGCGACCUAGAGACCAAGGGCCCUUUCCUCGUGUCGCGCAGUCCUCCACGCGGGAAGUCGUCGCCGUCGCAGGCCCUCACGACCGAGGACACGCGCGAGGAUCCUGAGAAGUUCGAGCGAGCGGUUCAGCGGGCUGUCUCUUGUAAUGUCUUGUGCCCGGUGAUUGCUGAGUGGCAGAUAAUGCGCGGGAAGCAUUUCAUACUCGAGCAGCCCCGAGGGAGUUCGGCAUGGGGCUUGAAAGAGAUGGUCGACUUCUUUGUCGGAGUACCCCCCUUCAUCGCGGAGGCGACGGCGCGCGGGCUCGGCAAGCUGAUCCACCCGGGCAAGUUGGCGAAAGCGCUGGCGCGGAGCGCCCGCCGCGCCCGACUGAAGGAGCGGAACCCGGCCUACCAGAAGGCCGCCCGGGAGGCGGAGGCCACGGGGGUCGACAACCAGGAGGAUGACGAGGGGGGGGGCGUCGAAGGCAAGGAGCGCCUCACCCGGGACGACCUGUGCCGCGGCAGUCCGCAGACCGUCGAGGCGGGCUUGCAACGUCUGCGCGCCAAUCUCGGCCAUGCCCCGGCGCCAACUAUGAUGAGGCAUCUUCGUCAUGCGAAUGCGACCGAGGCUGCGCUGAAGAUGGCAGCGGGUUCCCGCUGCCCCGAGUGCGAUGUCAAGACGGACCCGAAACGGUGCGCCCCGCCGCUCCGGAUAUCGCGCAGCCCCCAUCUGAGGCCCAUCGGCAUGGACGUGAAGGAGCUCCCGGGCUGGAUGCCCGAUCAGACCGUCAAGGCGCUCAACAUCGCUUGCGACACGUCGUCGCUGCAGUCCAUGACGCCGUUCGACGAGGGCGACGAGGAGGUGGCCGCUGAUCUGCUGCGCUUGCAUCGGGGCGACAGGACUCGCCCCUACCUGCGCCCGAAGUGGACGCGCCUCGACCUGGCGAAGCUCCGCGUGUCCAAGACCUUCGCGAGUGCGACGGAGCGAGACGGGGCGACGAUCCUGGACACGGCUGGCAGCGCCAAGGAGCAGAGCGGGAAGGUGGAGCGACGUGGGCAGUGGUUCGCCCAGAUGUCGCGCGCAGUCAACGCCGAGGCCCAGCCGCAGGACCGCGGGGAGUGGCGUGAGUGCGUGGCGCAGGUGCAGAAGGCCAAGAAUUCCCUCCUGAGCGUUAGAGGGGUAAGUCUGGCCCAGAUCUUCUUCGGGCGGAGCCCCAAGGUGCCGGAUGACCUGCUGGUGGACUCGCCGGACAUCGUGGCGAACAGCUCGGUCCUGCACGAACCGCCGGCGGCGUUCGCUGCCCGAGUUCGCGCGGUGGCUCGGCGCCAGGUCCUGAGACACAACGACAAGCAGGAAACCCGCCUGGACCUGGACGCGCGGCCUCGCAUGCUCGUGGCGCACCAGCCUGGCGACAUGGUGGCGGUCUGGCGCUGGGUGCCGGGCCCACUACCGCAGGAGAGGGCGGCCUGGCGCUUGGUGGAGUCGUCGCCGCGGACUCACGACGUCGACCUGGACGACAUUAAAGCGGAGUUCUACCAGGACAUCACCGCUGACGCUCGGCCGCCCGAGGCCGAGGAGAAGGGGGAGGUCGUUCCGGAGGCCCCAGGGGGCGACGGGCGGGCGGCGCCGCCCGAGACCCUGCCACAAGCGGGAGCCGACCCGCCCGCUGCCGACUCUGCCGACAACCCUGGUCCCGAGGACGAGCCGGGCGACGGGCUCGACGACGAGGUAGAGGGCGAUCAAGGAAGCGCUGGGCCCGCCGGAGCUCCGGGCAAUUCCCCCUCAGCACCCAGCUCCGAGCCGGCGAAGGUUCGGAAGCGCCUGCGAGGUAAGACGUCGGUGGAGGAGGCGAAACGCCCGCGCGUCGAGGGCGAGGCGCCGGCGCCCCCAGGCAGCGCGGGCCCAGAGACCCGAGUUCCGAAGGCGAGUUCCGCCCCGCAGCGAAGCCUGUCGGCUCGCCGGCCUGGGCGACCCAGGCAGCGCGCGCAGUCGGUCCUGGAUGAUGCCGCCUCCCCCGACAGCGACGAUGAUGACGAGAUCCUGGCAGUGGAUGCGGAAGAGGCCCUGCAAGCCAGGGGCAGGAGAGAGCUCGACAAGCGGGAUCCGCGCUGGCGCUCCAAGGACGGGUUGGCCAAGAUCGCGCUGGGCUAUAGCCCAGCGCGGUCUACCCAACUUGAUCGCAUCAUGAAGCCUCGACCGGUUCUGACGGAGAAGGAGGGCGAGGAGGGCAACGAGGUGGUCAAGUGUAUAAUGCCCAUCCAGGGGCCCGAGGACCCCGACCUCCUGGCGCUGGUGAAGGCGGGCCGCGCUCAGGCCCCGACGCUGACGCCAUGCCGGAGGGCGUUCGUGCCCCAGCCCAUCGCCUCGGCCAAGCGUCCGCUGGCCAUCGGGGAUGUCGAGGGGGUCUUCCCUGAGACAGACGCGUCGCUGGCGCCGGCAAAGCACGGCGCGAUCUACGUCGCACUGCCGUCGGAGAUCCUGCCGGAGGGGAUGCGCGGGGAUCAGCUCUGCGAGGUGAUCAACGGCUACGGCAGGAGCGACCAGCCUCCGCUUUGGUGGCUGAUCUUCAGCAAGUUCCUGAGCGAGGAGCUGAGCUUCUUGCAGCGCCCCAUGGACCCGCGCGCGCUGCUGCUGUUCGAGAAUGUCGGAGGGCCCGUGGAAUUCGGCCUGGACGACUACCGCGUGAUCGGCGGUCAGGGGGCGCUAUCGCAGCUGAGGCGCCGCUUUCCCUACCGCGAGUGGCGCGAGAAGGAGGGCGAGCUCGUCGGGUCCACGCUGGGCCAGCUCCCGGACUACACCAUCGUGCAGUCGCAGCACCAGCGCGCUUCUGAGGAGAGGGAGCGGGUGCCGACACGUUGCAAGCAGAUGGUGAAGAUCGAGGCGAAGAACUCGGCGAGUGGUGCGAGGAGCUUCCUGGAGGGCCUGCAAGCGGGCGCUUAUCAGAUCACGCUGGUGCACCACGCCAGCACAGGUUACAUCACGUUGCACUCGCCAGCGGCGUUCGAGGACGGCGUGCGCGACCGCCUGAGGGUGCUCGAGAGCCUCUACCACAUGGCGCUGAAGAGCGAUCAGGAGUGCGGCCUGCAGCCCGAGAUGCUGGACGAGCAUGAACCGGAGGCGUGGAAGCAGACCGGCGUGUUCGAUAAGGCCCCGAUCGUCGCCGUGGACGAACUCCGUGGGCGGUGA